CGCGCCGCGAGGAAGCGCGCGUCUCGCGCCCAUCGACGCGAAACCCUCCAUUGUCGCCAUCACCGCGCGCGCGCGUUCUCGCGGCGCGUCGUCGACGCGCGCGCGCCGUCCGAGUCGCCGAAAAGCGAUCGCCGCCGCCGGUGCAGACGCGCGCGGUCGCGCCUAAAACGCGCGUCGAACGCCAUGCCGACGUUCCGGGACGACAUGGCGGGGUCAUCGCACGACACCGCGGCGAUUGAUUUCACGAAGACGCCGUUCGCGCCGGCGUCGACGCCGAGAAAGAUUAGCGCGGUGCGGUUUUCGCUGAUGAGCUCGAGCGAAAUCGGACGCGCGGGGGUGUUUCACGUGUUCGAACGGAAUUUGUAUCAGAUGCCGCAGCGAACGCCGAUGCCGAACGGGAUAUUAGAUCCGAGAAUGGGGACGACGGAUAAGCGCGGUGGGGAGUGCGCGACGUGUCGAGGGAACAUGGUGGAUUGCGCGGGGCACUUUGGGUACAUCAAGCUGGAGCUGCCGGUGUUUCACAUCGGAUACUUUAAAAACAUCAUCAGCGUGUUGCAGUGCGUGUGCAAGAAUUGCUCGCGGAUUUUACUGAACGAGGAUGAUCAAGAUAUGUUUUUGAAGCGCUAUCGGAAUCCAAGACUUGAGAUUACGCAGAGGCGUCUGCUGUACAAAAAGUUGACGGAAAAGUGCAAACGAUGCCGAACGUGUCCGCAUUGCGGAGAUUACAACGGCGUGACCAAGCGUGCGGGGCAGACUUUGAAGAUCGUUCACGAAAAGUAUAGUAAAAACCCAGCGUUGUUGGAGGAGUUUAUGAAGGAGUUUGAAACAGCUUUGAAGUACAACGAGCAGCUUCGAGCGUCACUGCCAAAGGUGCAAGACGAUUUGAAUCCCAUUCGUGUGUUGGGCAUAUUACAGCGCGUCACUUCGGCCGAUUGCGAAUUACUAGACAUCGCAGAUCGACCGGAACACUUGCUCUUGACGCACCUGCCCGUUCCGCCGUGUUGCAUCAGGCCUUCGGUGGAGAUGGACGGCGUGUCAGGGUCAAACGAAGACGAUAUCACGAUGAAGCUCAUACAAAUCAUCGAAGUCAACAAUGUUUUGCGGCAAGGCUUAGAGAAAGGGCUCGCUGUUAACAAUAUGAUGGAGAAUUGGGAUUUUUUACAGAUUCAAUGCGCCAUGUACAUCAACAGCGAGCUUCCCGGUUUAUCUCUGCAGUACCAGGGCCCUGGUAAGCCGCUGCGCGGCUUUGUGCAAAGACUCAAGGGUAAGCAAGGGCGCUUCCGCGGUAACCUCAGCGGUAAGCGCGUAGACUUCAGUGCGCGCACUGUGAUCUCACCAGAUCCGAAUCUUCGGAUCGACGAGGUUGGUGUACCAAUACAUAUAGCGAAGACAAUGACAUACCCAGAAGUCGUCAACAAACACAACAUGGUGAUGCUGAGAGAGCGCGUGCGCAAUGGUAUGGCGAAGCAUCCUGGAGCGAACUUUGUCAAGUUUGCGUCUGGUGGUAUGCAGUACUUGAAGUACGGCGAUCGUCGCAAGAUUGCCAGCGAGUUGAAAUUCGGAGACAUUGUUGAGCGACAUUUGCACGACGGCGACAUUCUGUUGUUCAAUCGUCAGCCGAGUUUACACAAGAUGUCAAUCAUGGCGCACAAGGCACGUAUCAUGGAGUGCCGAACUCUACGUUUUAACGAGUGCGUGUGUACGCCGUACAACGCCGAUUUCGACGGUGACGAGAUGAAUAUUCAUUGCCCUCAAACGGAAGAAGCGCGCGCCGAAGCGAUGCAACUUAUGGGAGUGCAACACAACCUGUGCACACCGAAAAACGGCGAGAUUCUCAUCGCAGCGACGCAGGACUUCCUAACUGCAGCGUUUCUUCUCACCAUUAAGGAUGCGUUUUUUGAUCGCUCUCAGUUUGGCUCGCUCGUCGCGUACAUGGGUGAUGCGCUCCUUUCCGUGGAUCUUCCGACGCCAGCAAUCUUGAAACCCAUUGAGCUGUGGACUGGAAAGCAAGUGUUCAGCGUUCUCAUUCGACCGAAAGCGUCCGAUCACAUAUAUGUUAAUCUUGAAGUCGCUGAAAAGCUGUACAACAAGAAGGACAAAACAAUGUGUCCCGACGACGGGUACGUGUGCAUUCAGAAUAGUGAAAUAAUCUCAGGGCAACUCGGCAAGGCGACACUCGGUAGUGGAAAUAAAAGUGGACUAUUCUACGUGCUCAACAUAGAAUACGGCGCCGAAGCCGCCGCAAAUGCGAUGAAUAGACUCGCCAAGCUGAGCGCUCGAUGGCUGGGUACGCGCGGGUUUAGCAUUGGCAUCGACGACGUCUCACCGGCCGCGGAGUUGUCAGCCGAAAAGGGCCGACGUAUCGAGGACGGCUACAGAACUUGCGACGAACGAAUCGCUUCGUAUGAGAAAGGUACUUUACCUCUUCAAGCGGGCUGCAACGCGGAGGAAACGUUGGAGGCUGAAGUUCUCGGGGUCUUGUCUGCGGUGCGCGAAGCCGCGGGGAACGCGUGUUUAAAGGCGCUGCCGCGUCGCAACGCACCACUUAUCAUGGCUCUUUGCGGCAGUAAGGGUAGCACGAUCAACAUUUCUCAGAUGAUCGCGUGUGUUGGUCAACAAGCUGUGGGAGGCUCGCGACCUCCUGACGGUUUCGCCGAGCGAUCGCUCCCGCAUUUCAGGCGCGGAGAAAAGACACCCGCCGCAAAGGGCUUUGUCGCCAACUCUUUCUUUUCUGGCAUGCGACCGACGGAAUUCUUCUUCCAUACCAUGGCUGGUCGUGAAGGUCUCGUCGAUACUGCCGUAAAGACUGCAGAGACUGGAUACAUGUCUCGUCGUCUCAUGAAGGCGCUAGAGGACCUAUCGCUUCAGUACGACGGCACUGUGCGCAACUCGAUGGGUGGCAUUGUGCAGCUGCGCUACGGCGACGACGGCAUGGAACCGACUAUGAUGGAGAGUGAAGACGCCCAACCGAUCGAGUUUAAGCGGUGUUUGAUGAAUGUGCGAGGUCUGAACUCGGCACGAGGCGAACCGCCAGCGACUCGCUCGGCGUUAGAUGCGGCGCUGGACCAGUUCAAGCGAAACAACAGAAUUAUCAAUGUCGACGAAGAAGGCGAAAGCGCCGAGACGCGCGAACUCGUGUACAGCGCUGGUAUCUCGCAAUUAUUCUACGAAAACAUGAGAACAUUCAUCAUCAACGAAGUGGAGUCGCCUUCGGAUGGCGUAUACAUGUCGGAUCGACAGAUGAAGGCAUUUUUGGACGCGUGCGCGCGAAAAUACACUGAAAAACGAAUUGAGCCCGGCACCGCAGUUGGCGCCAUUGGCGCACAAUCCAUCGGCGAGCCAGGCACACAAAUGACGCUGAAGACGUUCCAUUUCGCCGGUGUGGCGUCGAUGAACAUCACCCUCGGCGUUCCUCGAAUUAAGGAAAUCAUCAACGCGUCCAAGAAUAUCAGUACGCCAAUCAUCACGGCGUCGCUCAUGAGCGACAGGGACGUCAAGGCGGCGCGCGUGGUGAAGGGUAGAGUGGAGAAGACGACGUUGGGCGAAAUCUGUUCCGAAAUCAAUAUUGUCGUUCGUCCGCACGAUCUUUACCUCGAGCUUAUGUUAGAUAUGGAGGCGAUCAAUCAACUUCAGUUGGACGUCACCAUUCACUCCGUGCGCCUGGCUGUGCUCGGGGCGCCAAAGCUCAAGCUCAAGCCUCAACACGUGCUCAUCGCCGGCGAGAAUAUCUUGCAUGUCUUACCCUCGGAAGAAGCACUGAUAGAAAAACGCGCGUUGUUCACUCUGCAGCACAUGCGACUGGCCAUUCCCGCCGUCAUCGUGCAAGGCAUCCCAUCCGUCGGUCGAGCCGUCAUCAACGACAAGGGCGACGGAACGUACAACCUCAUCGUGGAAGGCGUGAACUUGCAGUCCGUCAUGGGUAUCGAGGGCAUCAAGGGAACAGAGACACGAACAAACCAUGUCAUGGAGUGUGAACGCACGCUAGGCAUCGAAGCGGCGCGCGCGUGCAUCAUUGAAGAGAUUGACAGCACGAUGGGCGCUCACGGCAUGUCAAUCGACAACCGACACUCGAUGUUGCUCGCCGACGUCAUGACGUACAAGGGCGAGGUUCUCGGGAUCACGCGUUUCGGCAUGGCAAAGAUGAAAGACUCUGUACUCAUGUUGGCUUCGUUCGAGAAAACUACGGAUCAUCUGUUCGACGCAGCGCUGCACGGGCGCACGGAUUACAUCGACGGCGUCUCCGAGUGCAUCAUCAUGGGCAUUCCAAUGCCCAUCGGCACGGGGAUGUUCCGCUUGCAGCACCGCGCGAUGAAACUCGAAGUUGACAUCAACUUGGGCGUUAGCCAAAUGUCGCGAUCGUGCGAGCGAUGA